UGUACGUAGUUCCAUUUUUUUAAAGCAAUGUGGUUGUUCCACAAAUUGACCUCUUAAUUUUAUCUAAAGUAUAAAAUUAUAAGACCGGUCUAAGUGCGAGCCAAAUAGUGCUCUUUAUGUUCGAAAUCACUUAAAAUGCGAUUACAUCCACGCAUAUUGUCCUCGGCAGCGGCUAUUGCAAUAACUUGUGUUGUGUCUGCAGCUGCCUACUAUUUUAAGAGUCGAAGCAAAGAGAUCAAUGAAGUGAUGGUAUUUUGCAAAUUACAGUUCAAUGCGUACAAUUGUUUCGAUAAAUUAAUAAGUUACAUUGAAGCAGCUAAGCGGAGCAUCAAUGUAUGCAUGCCCGGCAUUCACAAUCAAGCCAUACAGGGCAGGCUGCUUGAAGUAUUGAAGACCAAGAAAAUUGCCGUCCGUAUAAUCAUAGAUCGAACUGCAUAUAACGAGUCUACUGAUUUCUUCCUAAAAGAACUCUUAGAUGCAGGCGCUGAAAUCAAAUGCAAAGCGAACGAACGCGUACACAGGAUGCAGCACAAGUUUUGCUUGGUAGAUGAUGAGAUCCUGAUGACAGGCACACUGAAUUGGGGCAACGACCGUUCUUCAGACCACUGGAACUACGUCUACAUCACCAGCAAGAGACAACUGGUGGAACCUGUCAGACAGAGCUUCUACCAGAUGUGGAACGACUUCACAAGCGAUAUGGCAAAUCUCGACGCCUAUUCCAUUACUAGCGACUCUGGAACUAGUGACGCUCCGGACGGAUUUAAGGAUGAUGAAGACAACAAUGAUGUAAUCAUUCUAAGAGAAUCACAGACUACGCCUGAACUGUGUUUAGUCUAAUUUUAUAACUUUCUGUGUAAGGGGCUGCACGCUUUUAAAAUAGGACGCCUAUAUACAAAGUUUCAAAAAACAUUGUUCACAAGGUUUUUAACCCAUAACUUCAGGCUAAGCGGUAUUCGACUCAAUUAAAAACCCCUCAGUUUU